GCGAAAUAUAUGUACUGCGUACGUGAAUUAUUGCAAAGCAACAGUAUCAGACACGUCCAUUUCCAUCCACGUAACGAGGCAAUGAAAGUGAACGAUGCUAAGUUAGUGACAUGUGGAGACAGUAAACCCCAGUGAACGCAAGUAACAAGGUUCAAAGCCUAGUAUGGAGUAUCAAUCACGUGACGUAGAUCCCCAGCCAGUAAAUUGCAUUCUAGAGCAAGAAGAAUUUCAGGUUACGGGGAAUCAAAGUGAACUAGUGAUGAAAUCUAGCACGCCCAUCUGCACUUUCUAUAUAAGGCUCAAGUGAUUCAUACGAGUACGCCACGUUGAACGAAUUGAGCUUCCGUCCACCCUCUUGUCGUCAGGCAAAGCAUAUAUUGAGAACAAUCGGGAGGCUCAGAACCAUCUCUGAAAGUAGAGGAACAGCAGUUCCGGUUGAGUCUUUGUUUGGUCUCGAGCAGAGGGAUCUGCUAACGGCCUGUCCAAACCGACGGGGCAUUUUAACUCCCGUGCCAGCGGUGGCUGCCAGAUCACUCCUGCCACUGCUGUUCCAGAUUAUUAAGGAAAUUUUCCGCUCCCUGUUGCUACGGGCAUGCUUCAAUUCAACAGUCCCCAUAAUUUCGCCCGAGCGUCGGAGACUUCUCCUUGAACUGGAUCUCCAAAUACUGCAAACUCUUCAGGUCUAAUAUCGAAGCAUUUGAACGGAAAAGUCGUUAGGUCCGAUCGUAAGCAAGUGCAGGGUUUAUAUAGCAUCGCGUUCUUUGAUCAAUUUGUGGUGCAAGAGGACUGAACAAGUAUAUCAGAUUGACGAAGUCACUUCCCACACUUCAGGCUCAUGGCAUCUCUGGCUGCAACGAGCAUCAGACUGACGACUACCGUUUCGAAACAAACCAGCCAACCUCUGAAGGAGCAGACUCCAGAGAGUCGAAGGGCGCCACUGAGUCAGAAACAGCGCAGUGGCACAUCACCAAAAGAUGGAGCAAAGUGGGGGCCCAAGAGUGCUGACCCGAAAACAUCUCGAGCAGGCUCCAAGAAGAAUCCUACGGUGAAAAUUCAACCGAUUCCUGAAGCGCUAUCAGAUUCUUUGAAGAGCUUGAUGCGAAAACAUAGAGAAAAUGUAGAAUUGGUGUCGAAGGCAGUACUCCGAGCGUAUGACGUUGCCAUGACUGAUCUCGUCGACCGCCUCUUUAUACCAUCGGACGAACCAGCCGACUUAAUAGAGGGAAAUUUUGCUCCGGUGCCCGAGAUUGGAGACAAAGUCCGCGUUCAAGUGAUCGAGGGACAGGUUCCAAAGGACUUCCCUCCAGGCUGCUACGUCAGAAAUGGGCCUAACCCAAAAUUCGGCGCUCACCAGAACUUGAACAUGCCGCUCGUGAAUGGGAAGAUUUUGUACAGCUGGUUCGAAGGCGAGGGAAUGCUUCACGCGACCUACUUCGAGAAAGACGGAAGCAUCUGGUAUAAAAACAAGUACGUGGAAACAGACACCUUCAAGGCCGAGCAAGAGAAGGGCAGAUGGAUUUACCUUCCGACGAUGGACGAGCAGUCGGUUCCUGGUGUUCUACUGAACCGGAUCAUCAACUUGAUGCGACAAGGAAAAAUGCAGCGAAACUCGGGAAACACUUCGAUAUUCGAGCACGGAGGGCGAAUCGUGGCCGCUGUAGAAGGAGGGGAGGCGUACGAGAUCGACCUUUCCGAUCUGAGCACGAAGGGUGAAUACAGGUGCAACGGACAGUGGGACCGGCGAUUCUUCGGUCCCCAUCCUAAGAUAUUUCCAGAUACAAAAGAGAUGGCAAUUUACGGUUUCGACAUUUAUAAACCGUAUUAUGUCAUGGGCAUCCUGUCCAAUGACGGGCAGAAGAUAACACACAAGGUCGAUCUUGGCUUGGACAGGCUUGUUCUCAUGCAUGACAUCGGGAUCACCCAAAGUCAUAUAAUUGUGUACGAUUUCCCCCUCGUGAUGGACGUGUACAAUAUGAUGCUGAGAGGAAAAUCCAUGUUGUCUGCCGAAUCCAACUCUUAUGCUCGAAUUGGAGUCAUACCUGUCGGCGGCGACCAGGAUUCAAUCAAAUGGUUCGAUGUAGAUAUGGCUUUCAUAACUCAUCACUGUAAUAGCUACCAAGAAGGAGACGAGAUAGUGGUGCAUGCACUGGUCACUCGCCUUCUUCAGAUCAUGUCAGUUCCUAAAGGUGUCGGUAAGCUGGAAUGGUAUGCACGGGGAAUGACUCUUGAUCAUCAGAACAACUUUGAGGACAAAAAUCCAUCCAUAGAUGGCUUGCUUUAUGAACGCCUACAUGAGUGGCGGCUUAACCUCAAAACAGGGGAGGUUGUUGAACGAGAUGUUUCAAAACGUAAGUUUCCUCUGGAGCUUCCUAGAAUCAAUGAAAAUUUCCAAGGAAAAAAGUAUCAAUAUUGCUAUGCCGCCUCAGAGGACAUCAACGCAAGCAAAGCUGUUGGGUAUCCAAAAUACGGAAGACUGGUGAAGGUACAUGUUUCUGAAGAUGAGCGGGCUGACUUUCAUGAAGUGGGAGAAAACACUUUCACUUCAGAGCCAGUUUUCGUACCCAGGCCAGGUUCUACGAUCGAGGACGAUGGAUGGAUAGUAACCUAUGUGCACAAUGAAGAAACACAUCAAUCUGACAUGAUCAUUGUUGACAGUCAGAAAUUCGACGAAAAGCCGGUAGCAAGAAUACGUUUGCCUCAAAGAGUACCCUAUGGUUUCCACGGAUCGUACAUUCCGUCCAAAUAGUCUGAAACUCUUGAAGUCUUCUGUCGUUUUCUUGUGUAUAUUAGAAUCAAAGUGUUUUCAGGGUCCGAGUUAUUGCUUCCUGUAAAGAGCAUGUUGAAGGUAGGAAGCAAAAAGAAGUUUCGUCCAUUAGGUGUACAGGGACAAACUAGGCAAAGCAGUUCACCAUUUGACAAGGUGCAUCACAGAUAACCCGAGGGUUGUUGCGAGAUAGUGAUCCGUACAGAAAUUUAGGAUUUGUUCAUUCAGGGUAUUCUUUGUACAAAGAAAAAAAGUUGUCAUAAAUUCAAUCUUUUCUACUACAAGCGAUACUUAUUAUCUUUAUUAAUAAUUUAUAUGGAAAUGUGGAU